AUGGAUCGACUGAUCAAGCUCAGUCUGCGCUCGAUGCUUGCUCUAGCUGCAAGUGCGCUUGCCUACUUCACCACAAUCGGGUUCGUGAACGCUUAUGGCGUCUUCCAGCAAUACUACACAGCACACUACCUGCCCGAUUAUUCGAACUUCCAAAUUGCCUGGCUAGGCUCGUUCGCUACGUUCACACUCUUCGCGUGCGCAGCGCCCGCUGGCACACUCGCCGACCGCUAUGGCCCGACAAUACCAAUAUGUAUCGGCGUGAUACUGCAGCUCCUGUCCAUCUUUAUGGUCUCACUGUGCCGCGAGUACUAUCAGUUCUUUCUGGCUCAGGGAGUGCUGCUGGGCAUUUCGAUGGCUUUGAUCAACAUUCCCACCUCGACUAUUGUACCGAAGUACUUUAAGCGUCAUCGCGGGCUUGCUCAGGGCAUCUCAAUCGGCGGCUCUUCCCUCGGCGGCGUCAUAUGGCCGAUUGCUCUUGAUCGAAUGCUGAACUACGAUGACAUUGGCUUUGGUUGGUCCAUGCGCAUUGUGGGUCUUGCAAUGAUGCCAAUGCUCGCUAUCGCAAUCCUGUUUCUUCGCAAGCCUGUCGAUCUCAAGUCUCAUGAGCCGACUUCAGGAAGCGAGAAGGGCACAGCUACCAUCGCAUCGUCCGCCAAACAGUCCAGGAAGAAACGAGACUUGACAAGCCUCAAGAAACCGCCAUACAUCCUCUUAUGUCUAGGCCUCGCCAUCGCGAACUUCGGCUACUUCGUCCCGCUCUUCUACAUCUCGACAUACGCAGUCAGUCUAGGUUUCUCAGAGAAUCUGGCAUUCUACCUAAUCUCAAUUCUGAACGGAGCCUCGCUCUUCGGACGCAUUCUACCCGGACUGGUAGCGGAUCGAUACGGCCACUUCAACAUUAUGACAAUUGCAGUCUUCCUCACCGGGCUCAUCGUCUUCUGCUGGACAACAGCCACGAGCGUUGCUGGCCUGGUGAUCCGGGCGAUGGCAUUCGGGUUCAUCUCAGGCGCGAUUUUGAGUCAGAUGGUGGCUUAUGCGACGGUCCUGAGUACUGGCGAGAGCUAUGGUGCUGGGAUUGGGAUUGGGAUUUCGAUGGGGUCUGUGUCGUUUACGGCACUGUUUGGAACGCCGAUUGCUGGUGAGCUCGUUAAGUAUGGGUACAUUGCGCUGUCGUGCUUUUCGGGGAGUGCAUUGAUGGUUGGUGGUGUGUUUAUUGCGUGCUCUAGGCUGGCGCAGGAUAGGAGGAUUCUUGCUCAAGUGUAG